UGAUAAUGUGAUUGUCGACUCAGCAACCUGCACGCUUAGCUUACCUGAAUUUUAGUUAUAGGAUUUAUUGAAUUAUAUGUGCUAGAGAUAUGGAAGUGAACAAAAUAACAUUACACAACUCAUCAUCAAGACUGCCCUGAAUCGGAGCUUUAGAAUAUCAGCGAUAAAUCCGAAUGAUAUUCGUGCAUUUAAUUUCCUGAUAAGAAAUUCAAAUAAUAAUGUCUUCAGACACAGUCAAAGUUUCACGAUGGUAUUUUGGAGGUUUGGCUUCAGCAGGGGCAGCCAGCAUCACUCACCCGCUGGACUUGCUCAAAGUACAAAUGCAAACACAAAAAGGGAAAUCAGAUUCCUUACUCAAACUCACUGGAAAUGUUUUAAAAAAACAAGGUAUUAUGGGCCUAUACUCCGGCAUAUCAGCCUCCAUCACCCGCCAGCUUAGUUACUCCUCAGCCCGUUUUGGAAUCUAUGAAGUUUCUAAACAGUAUUUUGCACCAAAAGAUGGCAGUGCAUUACCUUUCUACAUGUCUGCAUUCCUAGCUGGGCUGGGAGGGUUGGCAGGAGGUCUUGUAGGAAAUCCCGCGGACUUAGUCAAUGUACGCAUGCAAAAUGACGUCAAACUGCCUAAGGAAAAUAGACGAAAUUACAAGAAUGUAUUCCACGGGAUGUAUUCCGUGGUCCGGAAAGAGGGAGUGAUGCAGCUGUGGGCCGGGGCUAGCAUGAACUGUAGCCGAGCAGUUCUGAUGACCAUUGGCCAGCUCUCCUUCUACGAUCAGAUCAAAGCAUUGCUUCUCUCCACCCCGUACUUCGGGGACAACGUUGUCACGCAUGUCACUUCCAGUCUUUGCGCUGGUGGUAUAGCAACAACGUUAACACAGCCGGUCGACGUGCUCAAAACGAGGGCAAUGAACGCGAAGCACGGAGAAGUGAAAGGUCUGCUAAGUCUCGUAGCUAGCACCGCCAAGGAGGGCCCCAUAGCAUUCUAUAAAGGGUACAUUCCAGCGUUUGCGCGACUCGCACCACACACCAUUCUGACAUUCGUGUUCUUAGAACAGCUUAGAAUAAACUUUGGAUUUGUCAAAGGGAAUUAGGUUUAAUUAGUCAAUGUUGAGACAUAGACAAUUUUGCAGUCUGGUCCGGUAUCCUGGUUUUGAUAGAAUUGACUGUGGACGCAUAUGUUGAAAUGUUACUUUUGACGACCGGUUUGGCCUAGUGGGUAGUGACCCUGCCUACGAAGCUGAUGGUCCCGGGUUCAAAUCCUGGUAAGGGCAUUUAUUCGUGUGAUGAGCAUGGAUAUUUGUUCCUGAGUCAUGGGUGUUUUCUAUGUAUUUAAGUAUUUAUAAUUAUAUAUUAUAUAUAUCGUUGUCUAGGUACCUACAACACAAGCCUUAUUGAGCUUACUGUGGGACUUCGUCAAUUUGUGUAAUAAUGUCCUAUAAUAUUUAUUAUUUAUUUAUUUACUUAGUUACUGAAUUUCCAAUGAAACACUGUAUGUGUGACGGCUCCCAUAUGGGUACGAUUUCACAAUAUUAAGUGAAAAUUAGAACUACUCUCAAAUAUUAGGGCGAAGAUAACUGCAUUUCAAAAUGUUUACGGUUGUCUCUAUUCUUCUUAAAAUCGUGUAAACUUCCAAGACUACAGGAUGUUGUUCCUAGAUCUUGUAGAUACAUUUUAGAAGCAUUUAGUGACGUAAAAAUUAUAAAAUAAUAGACCUUAUUUGUAAUAUUGGAUAAGGGUAAACUAUUGUAUCCGAAGUUCAAUAGCAAAUAGUAAUAGUAACUAUGAACGAACGAAACAAGUAAAUAGUAUUUUAAAGUUCAAACUAAAGUAAGUAGCCAAUUUGUUUCCAAUUAAUCAAGUUAUCCAUAUUUAUUUAUUCCGUACCUAGUUUUCUCCUUACAACUUUAGCUAACGUCUUCCCGAUGUAAGUACCCAUAUUUGCUCAAAGUCGAACCAAAUACUUUAUGAUAAUGCUUACCAUGUAACAGCAUACCUACAAAUCAAAUUUACAAUUAGGUAUUUAAUAAGGAUAAUUCAAUUGUUUCUAUUUUUUUAUUUGAACAUACCUAUCUACACUAAAUCAUUCUAUCCACUUAUGAAUCGCCUAUAGUAUUUUUAUAUUCCUUACACAAAUACACAAGAAUAGGCGGGUCCACACAGAGCGAGCAUACGCGCGAGGCAAUUUCCUCGCGCGCAUGGUCGCUCUGUAUGGACCCACCUAAUUACAAGAUAGAUAGAAACUGGUGGGAUAUGUCCGUUUACUUACUUCCAUAUAAUAUAGUUAGAAUAGAUAUGUACUCAGUAUCUAUUACUUUAUAUUAGACGUGCAAGUGUCAUCCAUCACAAGUGGCUAUAUCCUGCCAAUAGCCAUACAUACUAUCUAUACAUAUACUGGCUAUAAGUACACCUGGUCCUUGUACUAAGGCUUACGAACUGUCAGUUUUAACAGUGUGGACAAUGGUACCUGCCACGUACCUGCCAAUCUAUGUCGCAAAUAUCCUGCCUAAUUAUGUUACAGUAAAAAGUUAGUUAUAAUAUAAAUAUUUGUUUAUAAGUAAAUGUUAACAUUUUACUUAUGGGAGCCACUGUGAAAAAUAACUCUGAGGUUAUACUAUAAUAAUAAUAAAGUCACUUUACUAGGGUACAUAGUUCGAAUUACCUGUACCUAACGCACGGAGUUACCUACAGCUCUGUAAAACGGGGAAAACUAAAGUAUAGUUCAUAUCAUCCACGAUGACGCACAGAUUUGUCAAAUCUAACCGUAAAUAGCCGGGUCCACACAGCCAGCAUACGCGCGAGGCAAUUUCCUCACGCACAAACCGGCCAGUGUAGACGUGCCUCGGCCGAGGCGGCGCGCUCGGGCGAGGAAAACGCACGCGCUUUCUGUGUGGACCAUGCUAAUAACAUGAUAUUACGAUUCAAGGCACGCUUCUUUGUGAAUGACACGAUCUAUAUAAUCCCGUUUAUUUGCGAUUUGCCCCAAGCUUUGUGAAAUGACCAUAUUUACUUUUUGUGGCAAUGGCCCUCGAGAACACGAAAAUUGAUCUUCUAUUGUAAGUCUACACUGUCUGUUUCACACCGGUGUGUUGCCAGUUUAACCGUUGGUUUUUGUAUGGUUGUAAUUCAAAUAAUGGUAUAUUUUAAUAACUGGUAAUGGUAUAAUUCGCCUCUUCAGUUCCGUUUACAAUAUAAGGUACCUUAAGUUGGGGUAUGGGUUUAUUUUUGCCUAAUUUCCCUAAAUUUAAUUAUGAGAGUUCCUAAUGACUAUUGGUAAUACGGACAGGUUUCCGUAACUCUACUAUUGGCUAUUGUAGAGACUGCUGGCAACGGCUAUAAAAGUUGUAUGUGUCUUUUAUUUAGUUAAUUAAAAUGUGUGUAGUCGCAAAAGGGAAUAAUCGAUAUAAUCAAUCGUCACGGUAUGUAAUUAUUUGCACAGUGACAAAUAUAUCGCCGGUGACAGCCAAAACUCACCCUCAGCCUUAUUGGUACCCAGAAUAAGGUGGAUUCUUGUUUAAUUAUUUUUUAGUUCUUAGUUUUUGUUGUCACCUGACGAUAUUUUGAUUAGUUUUCGUGCACGUGCACUUAGGCAUUUUAUUAGUUUAACAUUUAGAUGCUUUAUGUUGUGUGUUACUGAUGUUAGUUACCAAAUUAUAUCUUAAAAAAGUGUAAUCAAAAAACACGUGACGCAGUCGUAAGGGAAAUUACAUAGAUACAAAAUGUUUAAGCGCUUUGGUCGUAUGACCCAGGCCACGUUUUUUUUGUUUGCACAGAUAAUAAACAAAUCGUCGCAAAACAUAUGGGUUAUGGUGGUAGGUAAAUUAAAGUAAUAGAGAUUCAAGUUCAUUCCUGCAGGUCUUUUCAUACUUGUAAGUAAAAAUUUUUAUGUUACAUAAUCAUGUUUAUGUCAAACGUUUUUAAUUUAUUUUUGUUAUCAUGUUGGUCACAUGUUUUACAUAUUUACUUAGGAGUUGUUUUAUGAUAACACUCAUAUAUAGCCUAAGAAUAUUUUGAUUCCAUUGUCUGUUGAUGGUUGUUACUGAAUACUUAAAAAGUUUAACUGAUAUAUGUUGAAAUAUAUGUGUAAUGAUUGGAAAA